AAUACCAACUUUAGUUUUUUUCCAGUACAGAGGCAGCGCUUUUUGUUGUUGCUACAUCCCUCUUCGUACAAAUUGACUAUUUGGGACCAAUGAGUAUUCAGGAGACAAACUUCGUGCACUAAUCAGAGAAGUACCCAUGUAUUGUCACCCGCAGCAUGCGUCGUGCAACCGACAGACUUCGAGAUGGGUGAUCCCAUGGGUUGGUAUAGCGGAUCUGGUGACUUGCUGUGGAACAUCACAAACGGAAGCCCAUCAACUAACGGCACGGGAACAGCACAUGACGCAACCUUCAAGAACUCCUCUGGUUACUAUAUGUAUUUGAAUGUGAGUGGGAGUGGAGGAGCAAUACGCAAUCAGGCCAGUCUCCUGAGCCCAACGUACUUGCCAUCGAGUCGCAAGGGUGGGAAGAUGCAGUUCUCCUACCGCAUGUCUGUGUUCGGAAGUGGCACCGGCAAUCUGUCACUGGACAUGAACGUUUCAGGCCACAUCACGCGCCUGUGGAGCAAGACAGGUGAUCAAGGCUCAGCAUGGAGGACUGCCAAAGUCACCAUCCCCGCUUCCUCACCAUAUCAGUUGCGGUUCAGGGGUACGUACGAUGGUGCAUUGGGCAACAUUGCGCUGGACGAUAUCAAGGCUGACCUGGCAACGUACUGUGUCUAUUGCGGCCAAAGCGUAGAGGACCCCAACGGAACUUCAUGUCAACUCACAUGCGAGAGUGUACCGUCCUGCUCUUGUCCUGAUCCAUCGCCUAGCAGUCAUUCGAAUUGUUCAUCACUCUUCUUGCCACGGAGUCCCGUUUCGGCGACGCAAAGUUCCCGGCCGCAGAGCUGCGCUCCGAACGUCUCCUGCAAAUGCUCAACUGGCUUUCAGCGCCUUGACCACUGUUGCGUGGAUAUGGACGAAUGCGUGAAUGCGCAGCACCAAUGCAACGCGGCUACGUCUGUGUGCAUGAAUACAGUGGGGAGUUAUCGGUGUGAUUGUAUAAAAGGAUACUACAGUACCAAGUCCGACCAGACGUGCUUGGAUAUCGACGAAUGCACCAGGGACGCUCCGUGUUCGGCCGUGGGGAACUCCACGUGCAAGAACUUCCAAGGCAGCUUCGCAUGUAUCUGUCUGCUCGGCUUUGGGGCCAUUCUGAACGGUACGGGCAGGACCGAAGCAUGUCGGAAUGUGAAUAUGACACUCCCUCCGCCGUGUGGGACCAACCAAGUACAUGUAUACACGGGCACAGGCGCUGUAGGCUUCGUCUGUGAGUGCAAACCUGGCUUCAGACGACACCACUCUGGGGAUUGCCACGAUAUCAAUGAGUGCUCUGACGGCAGCCACGCCUGCUCGAGGAAUGCCAUUUGUCAAAAUGUGGACGCUAGCUAUACUUGCAGCUGCAUCUUAGCAUACGCAGGGAACGGAUUCUACUGUUCUGACGUCGACGAGUGCGGCUCAUCGCCUUGUGGCGCCGCAUCCGAGUGCCGCAACGUUCCCGGUAGCUACGGAUGCUAUUGUCGCUAUGGAUACAGUCCACAUGACGCGAGCAACACGAGUUGCUACAAUGUGGACGAAUGCAGCAACAGAACGCACAACUGUGAUGAGUACGCCACGUGUACAGAUCACCCUGGCAACUAUGCUUGUCACUGUGACGCGGGCUACCAUGGUAACGGAACCGUCUGCUACAAGCUGCCCGAAUCAGUUUCCGGCGGACUGAAGGCAUGGGUGAUUGGCGUAUCGAUGAUUGUCACAUUCGUGGCCACCGCCAUUGGUUUGCUGGCCAUUGUAGUAUGGCGCGGUCAUCUUGUUAUCCCCAGCAAGGCUACAAGGGAGAAAGUCAGUACGGUGGUGACAGCCAAUGCCUCCGCGGACGUGGCGUUCGCCCACUUCCCCUCUGAUGCUAACGCAAGGGAGGAGGGCAGCGGGGAGAAUGUCCUGGACAUAGAGUACAUGGACGUGGACAGGGAAGGCGGUGGCGGUGACAUGAUCGACGAGGAUAGUCAAUAUAUUGUAAUGGCGCCAUCCUUAGCGCUUUCAAGUGAACUGCUCAACCACUGCGAUUCGAGGUCACAGCAAGAUCCGUCAGGGCGCAGUUUCGCUGGAAAGGCUGAAAAUGCUGUGGCAUGUCCCGAAGAGAUCACUCAUCCAGAUCAAGUCCAGACAUACCUGGACGAGGUCAAGCAGCGCAGAGCAACGGUAAACCGAUCAUGCUCCCUCGGACCCAGAUACGAGAAUCACAAUCUGCCAAAGCCUGAGAAACAGCGCAGCCGAAAGACGUCCCUAGAAGAAGGCGAAACGCCUCGUCUUGUCUCUCUGCCACCGGUGGCUCCCGAGGAACGCUUUAAGCCCACCAAAGUAAAGCCAAUCAUUCCGCUGUCAACCUGCGCCAGGGAUUUCCUCGUGUCCAGUCCGAAAGCGUCGAAUAGGUUGGACAGGGCAACUUCUGAACGACUUCCAAGCAACACACACACCCAAGAGAACGCCCAACUAGGUUCAAGCGAUGCGCUGGAGGAAGCGAACGCAUCUGGAAAUCUCACCCUGAUUGACCUCACUGCAAAUAACGCCCAACUAGGUUCAAGCGAGGCCCUGGAUAAGGCGAAUGAAUCACGUGCGCUGACAUCGAAUGCCGCCUACUCCAUCACGGAAUUGGACAGGACAAGAAGCGCAGCCACGAACGGAGGUAAGGACGAAGCUGACUCGGACAACGACCUGCCACAGACUAAGCCUAAGCUGAGAAUGAUGAUAGUUGAAAACAGCAGGGAUCCCGCAGAUGUCAAGGAAGUUGUGGCUUUAAGAUUACAGGCCAAAGCCUAGUCCAAGUUUGAUUGCUUGUUCUUUGAAGUCGAUUGGUGACCCAAUGUCAAUAACUCGUAACAUUUUUACCUUCCUUCCUAUCCAUGAUUGUUGCUGUUGUUCACGGUAACCAGUAUCCAAUCAGGCACACGCCUACCAACAGUGCACCCACGGUACACUGCAUGUACAUAUUCAUGAUUACACACCCUUCAUGUCAGUGAAGAUCUUGAUACUUCUCAUGUGUUUCAUUUUGUCCAAGAGCACGCGUCCAACUCCCCCCCCCCCCCCAACUUUCCUGGGCGGUCACAUCCCUAUUGAACAUGGCUAGCCACUUUUUCCAUGAAAUAAUUGUAAAGUGCUUGAGUUAACCAGCCCAUUUCUUCUGUACCUCCAAACUUUAUGCCAUUUUUGUGUGGAUUCCAGCAGCGUUUUUUUGGGAAUUUUUGCUGACUUUUCCAAUGAUUUCCUGGUUUUGCUACUGCAAGGCCGUGUUCAUUUCCACAUCCCUUGUAAACUCCAUAGAAGUACGCGACGUAAAUUUCAACAUACAUGAACGCUGUGGUAUAAUUAUGUUUUGCAUACACAUACAUUGUACAUGUACGUAGCUUGACAUUUUGCAUACAUACACAUACACAUACACGUACGUGUACACUGUAGCUUGACAUGUCAUGUACAUGUUGCUGGUUGACAGCAUGUAACGAGGUGGAGGACACCGUACUAAGUACUAGUAUUCGGAAACAGUGACCUUUCUACAAGGUUUAUCUGACAUGUAUGUACAUGUUCUGUAGCUUGACAUUUUCAUACGAUGCCUGGUGUUAGGCUGCUACUGUUGGCUGUCCGAGUACAUGUGCCUGUGAUACGACUUCACAAGGCGUACAUGUUUUCAGUGACGUCAGCACAGUUGCAUGGUUGCAUAAGUUGCUGAUUUGGCACAACCAUAGCAGGACUUGGCAUGCUAUUUGAUUUGAUUUUUCCUAUUUCCUUGACUGGAUUUGUCACCAUUGCAUGCCCUCUUUGCUUGCGCUUUUCGAAUUCUUCAUUCCAACACCCAGUUUGUUUUCAAAUAAAGCCAAAAUUCUCAGGACUUGGCAUGCUCAUUUUCCGUACCCCCACCGUUUCCGUCUAUUCUCUGUUCUUUCACAAAUGACUUGCUUUUGUAUAAUUGUGCACUGUAACUGCGUGUUCUGUCUUCUGGCAUCAAUAUACCCAACUAGCAAACUCUGCAUUCUGGUGUCCAAUAUAUUUCACCUCUCUUCUUAUUUCAACAUUCAGGACUCUGUUGAGCCAUUGGCAUUCCAAAAAAAUACACCCCGACUGCAUCGGUUAUUCUCCCAUCCUCCUUCUAAUUGCUCGUCUCUAGUGACGUUAAAUCAACUUGUUCCUGAUUGUCACAAUAAUUCAAACGGUCCUGCAUCAAUUGUCUAAAUUCAAUUUAUCCAAACUCUCCA